AUGAGCUGGCCUAAAAGAAUUAUCUCUUCCGAUUGGGGAAGCGCAACUGCUAUUGCGCCAAACGGCGAAAACAUUGUCGUAUUCGCAUACCACAUGUGUGAAGUUAAUCCGGAUGGCAAAUACACAAAAAUUGGAUCAGAAUGGCCAAAAACUGUAGCAGCAACUACUAAUGGCAACUUCAUUUACGCUAUUCGUCCUGACGGAUUCAUUUACAAGAUUGAUACCUCGUCUUACACUAAAGUUUUCAAAUGGGCUGAAGCAGGCGGUGGAUGGGAGAGAGCAAAAGCAAUUUUCUCUUACAAUGACCACAUUUACGUUGUCCUUGAUGCUAUCUGGGAAAUUCGUCUUGACGGUACUUAUCAAAAGGUUCAGAAUGAUAAGUGGGGAGCUACACGAUCUAUCACGGUAAUUGGUGAUUACGCGUAUUCUGUCCAUAAUAGUGGAAAAAUCUAUAAAAUUAAUUUGAAAGAUUGGACCUACAGAAUUCUUAGUAGCGGAUGGGCAAAUACAUUCCAAUUACUUACAUUGAAUAAUAAGUUGUUUGCUUAUGACGUAUAUCUUACAAUAGUUGAUACAAAUACUGGUGAGAAAACUAUUGUACAUACAGAUAAAUUGAAUUCGAAAUUAGCUGGUGGUACCACUGCUAAAGCAAUGUAUACUGCUGAUACUAGUGGGAAUCUUUGGAAAAUUACGGAAUCAUAA